AAAAUGUCAUUUUCGAAAAAAAAAAGAAAAAAAAAAUUGAUGGCAUUUUCGUAAAUUAUAUGAACUUGUGGGGUGAAUAGGGCAAAACCAAUUUUCAAAAAAAAGGGAGGUUAGUUUUGUGUUUGACUUUAAGUUGUAGGUCAAUUUUGCAAAAAUCCCAUAAAUUUAUGUGUGUGUUUAUAUGUAAGAUUAUAAAAAACUAUAGAUUCAUCCUAAUGUGACUGUUUUGUUUAUUAUCUAAAAAAUUAUUUUUGAAGUCUACUCUAUUUUGAAGUCAUUUGAAUCAAAACCAAAUCAAAAACCAAAAUAACAAAACUCAAACCAAACCAAACCAAACCAAACUCAAAUUCAUAAAUAACUAAACAAUUACUAUAUUUUUGAACCGAAAACUAAAAUUCACAACCAACCAAAAUCAAACCGAAAACUAAAAAAUACAAUAUGGACGCAAACCAAAAUUUAUAGAAUAAAUUAUAAAAUUUUGAUUUAUAAAUACAAAUAGAAAUAUAAAUAUAAAUAAAUUCCGCGCAACCGCACGUAUCAGAAUCUAGUAGGGUUUUAAUUUUUUGUUGAGACAUUUGAACUGAUCAGAAAUUACGGUUAGUGAAGUUUAAUGAAACAACAUCAAAUUGAAUAUCUUAUCUAAAUUAUAUGCUGUUCCCCAAAGACCCUGCCUAUAUUAAAUUGUAUCAUAAUAUAAAAUAGAUAUCCAAAAUUGUUGACGUAGGAAUUUUUAAUUUUCGACUAUACGUAUAAAUUAUUCGUAUGUCAUAUAUGGUUAAUGUAUAUUGUCAAUUUUCAAAAUAUCAGAAAUCUUAACUACAAAUAUGAAUCGCUCAUAUGUUUAUAAUACGAACUAAGAUAUUUAAAUAGAUGAAUUUCUUUUUUAAAAAAAAUCAUAUAAAAAUAUAACAUGCUACAUAUACAGUCAUUCUAAGGUUUUCAAAUCAAAUAAAGUAGAUUAAAUCAAGGGGGAUUUAAGAAAAAUGACUCAAAACUUAAUUUUGAAUACAAAAGUAUACCGUAAAUUUAAUCAAAUGCAAAAUUAACCCAAAAGCCUAGUGAAAUUACAACAUCCCCUUUAUGAACAAACAAAAAACAUGUAUUCAAUUUUACCAUUAUAACCCUCCGUUAGAGAAGACUUCUUUGUAAGUCUUCUCUAUGAUGACUUCUUUGUAAGUCUUCUCUAUGAUGACUUCUUUGUAAGUCUUCUCAUUCAAAAGAUCUUAAAAAUAAUUUUAUAAUUUUAUAAAAAAUAUUUUGAUGGGUAAAAAAUUGAAAUCAUAAAAUAAUAAAAAUUUCUCAAUGAUGUAAAUUUAGUUCAUCUGAAAUUGAAUUAUUUUCAACGUAGAUGAGUGAAUGUAUAUUUGCUCAUGAGUUAUUGGUUUAGAGUCUGGUAACAUAUGUUAUAGUAUUUUAUGCAUCUUUAGGGUUAGAUUCUGAAAUCUUACCUUCAUUUUUUUCUUUUUCAAAUUGACCCAUAUUUGUUUAGUAACUAUCUAAUAACUUGAUUUAAAUACUUUCUAAGUUUUUUUUUUUAAGUUUUAAAAAAUAUUUUUUGCAUAGUUAAUUGAUUUUAGGGUCUGGAAGACUCACAAAAGAUUAAAAAAAAAAGUCUUUAGACCCUUUCCGCCUGAAUUUAAGUAGAAUUUAUGGUUUCCGCCUAAAUUUUGGAAUAAUUUAGGUUUCCCGCCUAAAUCAAAGUCUUCCUUAAGUUUUUCAGGAGUCUUCCAUAAGUGUUCCAGGAGUCUUCCAUAAGUGUUCCAGGAGUCUUCCAUAGAAAGUCUUCUCAUGGAUUAGAUCUUAAAAAUAAUUUAAAAUUUUUAUAAAAAAUAUUUUCAUGGGUUGAAAUUUGAAAUCAUAUAAUAAUAAACAUUUUCAAUUAUGUAAAUUUAGUUUAUCUAAAAUGGAAUUAUUUUCAACAUAGAUAAGUGAAUGUAGAUUGGUUCAUGAGUCAUUGGUUAGGGUUUGGUGACAUAUGCUAUAGUAUUGUUGGUAUCUUUAGGGUUAGAUUUGAAAUCUUAUCUUCAUUUUUUUUUUCUUUUUCAAAUUGACCUAUGUAUGUUUAGUAACUAUCUAAUAAUUUGAUUUAAACACUUUCUAAGUUUUUUUAAGUUUGAAAAAGUUUUUUGCAUAGUUAUUUGAUUUUAGGGUUUAGAAGACUCACAUAGAACUUAAAAAGAAGUCUUCCGACACAUCCGCCUAAAUUUAAGUAAAAUUUAGGGUUCACGCUUAAAUUGUGGAAUAAUUUAGUUUUCCCGCCUAAAUUAAAGUCUUCCAUAAGUCUUCCAUGAGUCUUACAUAAGUCUUCCAUGAGUGUUCCAUAAGUCUUCAAGAAGUUUUCUGGGUCGAAAGUAUUUAACCUAAUUAGAAUUUUUGUCUCCAUAUAUAAAGAAAAUUUAUACAUUCUCUUUUUUCUUCUCAAAUGACUACAACAAAAAUGUAAUAUUUCUCACUCUAAAACUCUGAAACCUCUCUCUAAUCUCUUUGAACAUCAAAACACGAAACUUUAUAUUCAUUUCUCACUUUUUCUUAUGUCUUCUCACUAAUUUAUCCUUUUUUGUAGGUUUUUCAUUACAUGAUUCUCAUCUUUCACUCUUUCAAAGGUAGAACUCUAAAUUUUGGAUAUGAAUUUAUGUGUGUGUUUAUAUGUAAGAUUAUAAAAAGCUAUAGAUUCAUCCUAAUGUGACUGUUUUGUUUAUUAUCUAAAAAAAUAUUUUUGAAGUCUACUCUAUUUUGAAGUCAUUUGAAUGCUUUUGAAUAUGCAGAUUUUUCAGAUCUGAAACAGAUUUUGGAAGACUUUUGGGAUAAUUCUUGGAAGAUUCUCGGAAGACUCUCGAAUGACUCUCACGAGACUUCUUGAGAAAUUUUCUAAUGUAUUUUAUGUUAGAAGACUUACCACAAAGUCUUCAGAAAGUCUUACACAAUUUUCUGCCCAAAGUGGUACAAAGAGAUGAUGUGGGAGUUAAAGAUUAUCUAUGUUGAGGAAUAAUAUAUAACUGUGUAAUAAUUUUGUUUAUGGUCUUUUUAUGAUUUGUAUGUGUAUUAUUUUAGUUGCGAAUUAUUUUGUAAACUUUAACAGAUAUUAAUCAAAAAAAUGGUAAAUAUGUUCAUAUUUUGCCAAAUGUACUUGACUUCAUUAAAGUUAUUGAUGCAACAUACCAAAAAAUAUUUUAAUCAUUCUACCCACACAUAACAAUACACAACAACACAAAAACUUAGUAAAAUUUGCUAAAACUAAGAAUUAUAAUAUUUCACUUAAGUAUAUACUUAAUUAUAGUAUGAUGCUGAUUUACUAAUAAAUAAUCAAUAAUAUUUAUAUUUUCUGCCACUUAAAUAUAAUAUUUGUAAAAAUUUAUAAAUUAAUAUUUUAACAUUUAUAUGAUAAAUUAACUUUUGUAAAAGUCCACGUAAUUCGCGUGACACAAAUCUAGUGUUUUCAACAAAUUAAAUAACUAUAAAAUCUACAACAAUUAAAGUUUAAUAUAUUUCAUAUUACUAUUCACAUCCAAAGUUUAUAAAAUAGACAAAAUUCAUAUGCAAAAUACUUUGAAAAUUGAGCAUAUAAUUUAGUUUUAGAAAGCGUGACAUAAACACUUAAUAGCACAAAUCGUCAUUGAGUUUGUCACGUUUGUAUUGCCUUUCCCUUUGCUUUUACUUUUUCAGUUGAUAUCAUAAUGGACAGUUGAUCUUCCCUUGAAUUGCAAGUGGUCACAUUUGUCCAGGUUCGUCUGGAGUGCAUUGGUUUUUGGUUUGAUCGUUCCAAAUUAAAGGCUUUUCAUUUUGAUGUCCCAGCCAAAACUUUAAUUUGGAGAUUUAGUAUCGUAAGACUUUUUAGCAGUAGAAAACACAAGCAAUAAAGGAUAUGAAAUUGGUUUGGAGUUUGGAUGUGUUGUUGUGUCAAAAGUUGGUAAUUCCUAAAAUUAACCUAAACUAAAGUAACAUAUUCCUAAAAAUAGCAACAUUAACUACCAUAGCCGCAUGUAUGUUUUUUUUCUCUCUCUUACUUUUUUCUAGAGUACCUCCCUAAGAAACCUAUAGAAGAUAAACAUGAACAAAAACCGUCACAACAAAUUCAUUUUACCUUAAAUUUGCUUGAUCAAAAGAUAAUUAAAAACAAUUUGAAACAAGAAGAAAAGCUUGAAAUGACAUCAAAAUUUGUGAUGCUAUAGGCAAAAAGAAGAAAAAGGGAGAAUAGGCAAAGGGAAUGGGAGACAGUCGCAGAGGAUUAUCUUCAACAACACAAUCACGCAAGAUCAUGGUGAUCGCUGACCCGACCCGUGAAUCUGCAGCUGCUCUUCAAUACGCUCUUUCACACGCCGUACUCGAGCAGGACGAGAUCAUCCUCGUCCAUGUUGAAAACAAUGGUGGCUCAUGGAAAAAUGCUUUCUCGAGUUUCUUGAGAUUGCCAAGCUCUAUUUCCUCCUCCUCUAGCACCAGCGGGUCCUCACCAGGCGCUGCUAAUGCUAACGCUAACACUGCAAAUACAGCUGCAUCUUUGGCAUCUGAGAUUGGUCAAGAAGAAGGGAAUUUCCUUGAACAGAUGAGACGGAUAUGUGAAAUUGCUCAGCCGAAGGUGCGUGUGCACACCGAGUGUAUUACCAUGGAAGGCAUCAAAGCUACAGCUAUUCUUCUUCAUGGAGACAAACUUGGGGUGGAUGUUAUCAUCAUUGGCCAACGCAGGACAAUCUCAGCCUCCCUUCUAGGAUCUAGGAGGCCUGGAGGGUCUCUAAGAGGACCAAAAGGAGUAGACACAUCAGAAUAUUUAAUUGAGAACAGCAAAUGUACCUGUGUUGGCGUACAAAAGAAAGGUGGUCAAAACGGAGGCUAUGUUCUGAACACCAAGACCCACAAGAAUUUUUGGCUCUUGGCAUGAUCCUAGUCAGUUUUAUCACACCUAGCUAAAAAGACGAACAAAAAAAAAAGAAGUUUAUCAGUCAUCUGCACUUGUUUCUUUCAUGAUCUUCAAAUUCUGGCAAUGAAGUGUUCUUUUUAAAUGUUGUUUUCCCUCCUCCGACCACAAAAUGGGGGGCAAAAUUUGUAAAUAUGGAACGCAUAAUCAAUUGACACCAAUCUGAAUAAACGGAUGUAAGAAACUAGAGUGUCAUGUCAUGACUCUGGCAUUAAACAACAGGGUAAGGCUAAAUAUUAGUGCGGAGUGCAGACUCAUACUAACAUACGCUAAACACUCCGACUCAGUAAAUAUUGGCCCUGCAAAAUGACAAACGGAAAGUCAUUUCAUGAACAUUUUAAAAGAUAUCCGAUAAAAAAAUGUUACUCUUUCUGUUUUAUGUAUCUUUUUUCUAGAGCAUCAUCAGUUACUGUGGCCCUGUCCACCAAAGGCUUUAGGUUAUGCUUUCGGCAGCUAUUGCGAUGCCAGCUUCUGUACGUCAAACAGCUAAAGUUUUAUAUGUGCUUCUACUAACAAAACAAAGAACACUACUGAUAGCAACACUGAUAUAACUCAGAGUUGUCAAUGAGUACAUAUAUUGUAAUAGACAACUAGAUUUUGACCAGCGCUUUAAAAGCGCGGGAUUUCUUUUGUUGAUUUUUUAUUUAUUUAAAAAUGUAUUAAAAUUUUAGUAGUGAAUUUUUUUCGGCACCAUACAUUAAAUAUUAAAUUUUUAGAAGCAAAAUAAGUUCUUAUAAAUGUUAUAUCCUAAAUCUAUUAUAACCGUAAAAGUUUAAAUCUCCAAAUAAUAAUUAAAUUUUUGAGUAAAAACCGAAACCCUGUUUAACGAUGAUAGAUAUUUAGUUUUUGGGUUUGUAAAACCUAAAAUUUCAACAGAAACUGUAAAAUAUUUUAUUUAUUGUUUUCUUAGGUCUAACUCGUGCCAAAACACAGAAUCGUAAUUUCAAACUAAUUUUUUCCUAAAAUAUGAAUUUUUAUUCAUAAAAAUUCAUUAUUGGAAAGGAUAAAUUACACCUGAGUUUAUAUAUUUAAUAGAUAUUUGAUAUCACUCAAAUUGCCCUAAUGAGUGAAUUACUCUCUCAAAUAAGAGGUUCAGAUGUAGUACUUAGGGAUCAAAUCCACAGAGACUCUAGGAUUACACAAUAGAUUAUGGUCUUUGAAAUAUGCUAGAUUAAUUGGUUUAUAGGUUUUAAAGCAGUAAAUGAAUUGGUGAGCAAGGUUAUUGCUCGAUUGGUUUGUUUUAAGGUUGUUAACAGUUGGGAGAAUAGCUAGAUUUAGGUAUAUUCUCAUGUAUGAUAAAUAAAUAACUUAAUUUGGGGUUUUAAGGGUUUAUUGAUAUUAAUUGUUCUUGAAUUCAAACUCAGAUAUAAUCAAUUAGAUUAUCUAAUCUAGAUCUCAGAUUUCAACUCUCGUAUGUUUAUCGCGAGAAAGUGUCGAUCGAUGAUUCCUUAAGAAUAUCGAUCGAUACACUUUCAAAAUAUCGAUCGACAGAACUAUCGUUGCGUUGAUCGAUGCUUCUUCCAGAAAGAUUUACGGACAUGUUUGAUUAGUAUUCUCUAACUUACUAGACCAACUCGUGUGUCUAUCUAGUCAGUUAGAUCAUGUCAGUUAUUUCCAGGUAUUGAGUCAAGCAAUUAAUUGUUCUCAAUUAAUCCUAAGAUCUAAAUAAAAGGGUGAUCAAUCCUAAACUUAGCUUUAAGAACAACUAGAUGAAGAACUAUAUUUUAAACACCCUAGAAACAGUUCAAGUUACCGAUACAUGUAUCAUCCUAUUGAGAAACCUAAAUCUAACAGUAAGACUACUCAGACAUAUUCAUAAAGCACAUAGUUAUGAUGGUCUGAAUAAUACUCAAUAGAUAACAGAAUAGAGUAAGAAACAAAAGGAGUUCAAGAUCUUCCCUCUCUCAAGGUAUACAUAUCUCUCUCAAGGUGUACAUAUAUCUCUCUCCAAUCCUAAGCUCUCUCUCUAGAAGAGUACGAAGCAUCGCCGUCAACAAUGGCUUAGAAACAAAAAAAUAGGAUUUCAGGUGGUCUAGGGGUAUAUUGGUAAUAUGUGGUGACUUCUGGGCCUAAAUUAAUCACGAAACUGGCUUGGCCUGUUUUCUGGGAUCACUGUCGACCGAUACCAAUGAUGUUUCAUCGAUCAACAGCCCUUCAUCUCUUUGACAGCUUCUUGUCGCGAGGCAGACGGGACACUCUUCAGUAAAACGGGCAUAACCUCUGCUGCAGGAUGCUGAUUGACCUCAAACUGGUGGCAUUGGAAAGCUAACUCAAAGCUCUAUCGUUUUUCAAAAAAUGGGCUCAAUUUAACGGUGGAAAGAUCUCCAUCCAUAGAUAAAUAUUUGAUGCGUCUGUGCAGUUCUGCACCUCAAAAGGCUCCAAAACCACCAUAUUUCUUCAGAACGUACCUGAACCUGUAAACACACUAAAUAGACUCUA